GUGGAGAAUGUGCUCUACGCAAAGCUCGUGGCGCUCAACAGCCGGUGGGUCGACUUCAACGGGUGCGACUUUUCGGCGCGGAACAUGUCCCGCAAGGACCGCCGUGACGGCAAGUCCAAGGAGGGCUAUAACGAGGGGAGGCUCGUCAACAAGCUCCAGCCCGUGCAGCUCCCUGCGUGCAAGCGGGACGCCGCGGCAAUCUCGCCGCCGCCCUCGCCGCCGCGCGGUGCGGCGCUAAAGUAUACGCCGGCCCACUGGCGCGACGUGGGCAAAGCCCUCGCGCUCGCAGCGCUCGACCUGCACGACAUCAAUCCCGCCUCGCGCCUGCCGGCGGUCGGCGGGCUCGAAAAGCAGCGUGGGAUCGUCGCGGCGUGGGUGCGGACGCAGGCUCGCAAGGAGGCGGCGCGGGCCGCGGCUCGCGCCGCGAAAGCCGCAGCCAACGGCGAGGGCGAGGACGAGGACGAGGACGAGGACGACGAGGACGACGAGGACGAGGACGG